CAAACGGUGAUUAAAUCUAGACGGACAUUGUUGGCAAUAAGCGAGUGUACCGUGGAUCCUUUUCCCUGGGGCGAGCUGACUACAGGCACAGGUACAGGCUGCCGCUGCUCUCCUCACAUACGCUACCGUCUGCGUGCCCUCUCUUCUCUCAUGCAUAUAUCCAUGUACCGUGUGCAUGCAUAUCUGCUGUACAGUGCAGGCACCCGCAAUCGAAAUGACUGUCGGCGACCGAGUUCAAACCAUAGUCGGGCACGGAACGACAAUGGCAAGGAAAUGAUGAUACACACAAGCGUCGUAGGUACCGCAGAUUGGCGUUGGGGAGAUCUCGCAGAGCAGACCGAGGGCGGGACAGUGGUGGAGUGGAGUGGAGUGGAGGGGGGAUAGAGGAGAGGAGGGGUUGAACGUACAGGGAAGGAGGGCAUGUGAUUCGGUGCUACCUGGGUGAAGUAAUUAACAAUACUUUGCUUAGCAUUGCGUAUUCAUCCGCCUUGUAGUCAUUACAUACCUAGACAUGUAGUCGUGCAGCGUAACCUUACGUCGUGUUGAUUGGACUGAUGCUGUCUACGGCUGCCCGCCUCCACGUAUCAGGGGCGGCCGUUGGUGUCAAGCGUCAAACGUAAGCGCGCUGCCCCGAGGAUUCAUUACUUACAGCUACUGCCUGCUAGCGGGCUGGUGGCGUCUAUCUAACGUCAGGGUCGAAUGUCGCGCCGCUACCCUUCCUGUCGCUCACUCUGCCUCUGCCUCUCACGCACGAUAACAGUCCGUCGCUGUCCCUGAGCGUGGAACCCAAUCCAGCCAGCCAGCCAGCCAGCCGACUUGACCACCCUUCUCCCGUUCGCAACGUCUUCCUAUUCUCCUUCUCUGCCUCCUCCAUUCACACGCUCACUCUCUCCUAUUGUUGCCGUCCUUAAUCAUACCUCCUUCUGCUGGUGCAUGCUUUGGAGGGCCACUUACUCACUUACCCCCACCACUACCACCUACAUCCCUGCAACUCGUCUCCUCCUGCUGCUGUCACCAGCCUACCUGUGUUGCCCUGCCGUUUCAGUUAUGCCCUCCCGCCGUUAGAGGUCGCCGUCGCCUUGCCUUUCCUCGCUACUUACCUCCUACCUGGCUAACCUCGUUAAUUGAACCCUUUCUUCUUUUCUCGUCAAGAAAACGUCGCGUGUCUGCCACUCUAAUCCCAUUUCCACACUUCCACCCACCCACCUUCCUACCUAGUACACAAGCACCUGCAGCGAAUACACACACCCACGUACCUACCGACAACACCACCACCCCGCCGUACCCGUUGUCCCCAGCUCUCCUCAACUUCACACUCUCGCAAACACACGCACUCUCUCCCCACAUUGCGGGGAAACCAGCCCAAUGGUCGACACGGCAGACGGCGGCAAGGCUGCACACAAGCAUCGUUGGCGAACCAAGAUCUUUUCCAAGGAGGAAGAUGCCCCACCCAAAGACCCUAAGCCAAAGGCACAACCCUCGUUCAAACUCGACGACGACGUCAAUGCCUUCCUCAAACCCUCGACCGAAAGGGCCCAGGCCCACAAGGAUGCUGCCGCCAGUAUCUUCCUGCAGUCCGCCAAUACACCGCGAAUCGACACCGCCGCCGCACAACGUUGGCCAUCCGCCCACGCUAUAAUCAACAGUGGUCUGGGGAAAAGCCCCGGCAUAGGCGGUCUGAAGACGGCGACUGGCCGUAAAAAGGGGCUCACAGUGAGCUUCGUACGCACACAGCCUGAUGUCAUCGGCGAGGGAGGCGACGAAUGCGAGGAUCCCUCAAUUGAGGUCUAUAAACGCAAAAAGUCAAACAGCCUGUCUGACGUGGACAAGGUGUCUGCUCAGACUCACCAGGAUGACAUCUCUCUCGGCACGCGCACCCCCACCUUCAAUGAUGGUAUGCAGAGCCUCAAUCAAGAAGCUGCAAAGAGAGGCACGGUAACGAGAACCCUCACCUCGGGCGGCGAGCUAUCCCCACCCCUCCGCCAGAAGCUGGAGCUGGGCAGCAUAAACACCCACACCCAGCCGCCCGAGCCGCCCGAACCACGCCUGGGUUCAAUGGGCUUGGGUGGACGUCCCAAACCCCUCUCCAGAGUCCCCACUGGCUUCGAUGUCGGCGAGAUUGAGACGCCCGUUUCGCAGCGGCGGCCCAGUAUGGAUUCGAUCCAGUCUCAUGACUCCGAAAACACGUCCCCAGUCUUGACAAGGAGAGUGCCUGAUCUACCACCAACUCAGGAAGAGGACGAGGAAUUCUCGCCCCAGCCUCUUAGUCGCUCUCAGACGGGGUACAGUGCGUACAGUACCGCGGAAUCCAGCGCUGAGUAUCCCCCAUCGUUGCCGUCAUCCAUGUCCCGGUUUGCUUCCAACGAAACGGACGAUUCACCAACCGAGGCCAAAUCGUUACUUGUGGAGCAAUAUCUCAAAAGUGAACCAAAAGAUCCCAAUUCCUUCUCCGCUAGGUACAUCCACAACAUGCGAGCAGAAGAAGGCAAGGCACUCCACGAAGCUGCCUACAGAGCUGCUCACCAGGACGCAAGGCGCGAUUCCGAUUCCAGCAACGGCUCGCUUCAAACUAGCUCGGUACAUUCGAGUGCUUUCCAGGUGGGCACUCCGCCAUCGUCCGUCAACACAUUGGCCGCGGGGAAGACACCACCCAGAAUGCUGUCGCGUGAUCCUUCUUAUCAAACAGUUGGCUCGCCGCAGCAACAAUAUAACCCACUGCAGCAUGCUCUAGAGGCAGAGGACCCCCAGCGUUCACGAGCCCGGCCCGAUCCGUCACCCGCCCGAAGCCCUAUGCCUCCAGGCACGGCCCCGUUGGACACGGAUCCCAGACCGCCGUCUGCUGGGUCUUCUGCGUAUUCGUCCAUUCCAUCAGCUGCUUCCGCUUUGCGCAAAAUCACCGCCUCCAAUGGCCCUUCAGAGCCAGCUUCCGCUGGGACCACGAACUCGGCGCAUUCAGAAAAACACACAUUUACCCCUCUCAGUCAGUCGUCCAUUGUCCCGACCCCACCACAAUUCGAGCGAGGUACGGUCACCACAUCAACGCCCCAAACAGAACGUCAACCGCAACACCAACUGCCACCACAGCUACAGCCACAAGCUCCAGUAUCCGCACCGGCACCCCCCAAGCCUUCUGGAAUGCUCGCUCGUUCAGACACAAAGAUGCAAGCCAACGUUGCAUACAAGGACUUUGCCGCACGGAUCGAGCAUAUGCGAGGUGUUUUUGAGCUGACGGCCCAAUUGAAUGGGCAAAUAUACAGCCAUGCGCCAAUGGAGUGGGUGCGGGUAGCAAUUUGGUGGUUCCUCAAGGGUCGGUCUGGAAUGGAAGUACAAAUCAGAAGUCGCCCCAAGACAGCAGAGCCCCAACCCGAAAGACUUACCCAGCCGCACGUCGAUCUCGCCAAAGCCUGGUGGGUAUUGAACGAGGUUCUGCAGGAACAUCCUGCACUAGGCAGGUAUGCUGGGCAGUCGGCAGACAUGCAGGCGAGAUCUGCUCGCGAGCAAGGGGACAACUCCAGUGCAGACACGUACGAGGCACGUGACGCCAUCAUCUCUUCCAUGAAACUUCUGUUGGGGUCUAUGCAAAGGAACAAUAGUAUGCCUCCUACGCAAGCUCUCAUGCAGGGGCAGCACCAAGACUUGUGGGAAAUGUAUCCCAACUUUGCUCCAGACGUGGCCAGCGUGUUGUCGGGCACCGCCGGGAAAUCGAUUCUCGCAAGCGGAUCACAAUACAUCAAUGCAGCAAUGUACAUUCCCAUCUCGGAUACCAAGUCCGAUUUCACUUACUUCCGGAUGUUUGUCAACACCUCCUUGUCCACCGAUGAUCCCAACAACGAUCGCCAACCGCUUCCUGCAGUGAUCACGGUGUUCCGAUCCCGAGAAGACUUCAAGGUCAAAAUCGUCAUUUGCAGUCAGACUGAGCUUAUCAAUCUUGUUGUCGGGCCCAAUCCAGAUGCGGGUCCGACGUGGAGAGACGUGCACUGGAGAUCCAAAGGCCAGGGCUUCAGUGUCCAGCUACGGCACGGCUAUGUUCUCAACGUAGACACGGCUGAAUCCGACUUCCGUGCUCUCUGGAGUAUCGUGGAUCACACAAACCGAAUCGAAACGCAUAUUCGUGAACGAAAUGAUGAGCGUCUAUCGAGUAAGAUCAUUCUACGUGAGGCUGCUUACAAGGAUCCCGCCAAUCCCGGCGCAUUCCCUCCAGACCGCGUACGGCCAUGCAAGCUGUAUGUUUUCGAGAAAUUCGAUGUAAGCAGCGAGGGCACAGGCAAAAGGAAGCUACACCGCGGGUAUCGUGUGGUCCUGGUCACGCACCCAAUGAACCGGACAGUGAGUUUCGCCAACCACGAGUUUGGAACUACGCAAGAUCCCCUGAAAUUUUCAUACGCAACCGAGCCGGACCAGGCCCCAGCCAUGACCUUCCGGAUACGAGAGGAAAUGGCAGACAACAAAUCCAAGGUCUGCAGCAUGCAUCUAGUAUUCAACGAUCCGAAGGAACGGAAUCAUAUAUUCGGCCUUCUCACAUCGAUGAACAUCGGCGCGGGUGAAAUGGUGUUUGCUCAAGUGCCGCUCAAAAGCUUCACCAUUGAGAGCGCAGAUGCCGCAGAUGGCUUCAGUCAAGGCUGGAAAGAAGUGCUCAAAAGGCUACAGUGGGUCGAAGCAAAGACGUACAACCAGGAUCCAGAGGAAGCAGGCUUGGAAUCUGCGCCCACAGUGAUGAGCGAGAGUCUGAGGAUUUUGUGUCGUCACAGCGCCGGUGUUUUUUCCGACCGCAUGAAUCUUGAUACCGGCGAGUUGCUCGUGCGUCUGCCUACGGACGGUGCGGCUGAGCUCACACUCCUUCGCGAACCGCAGCAUGAUAUGGCCGUUGCUAUAGACUUCACUCGCUCGGAACAGGACGUACCGGAGGCGUUGGCGGAAAUGCUAAGAACACUUAUGAGAACAAGCACCAUAAGAAGGUUGGCUUUCAACUCUUUUGGUGAUUUGCAUGCAUUCCAAUUUGCUGUGACGGGCUUCAAGGUCAUUUUUGAUGGUAUGGCUUCUACGUUCUCCAUCUCACGCCGCCGCAUGGUUGUUCCCAUUUAUAAACAAUGGACCGCGAACCAGAUCCGCAUACAGAUUGUGGAGCAAGACAACAUCAUCCAGCUCCUUGCCUUUUUCGAGAACUUCUCGCAUGCCGAUGCAAUGAAUUUCCAACUGAGGGUCACAGACACCUACGAAAAAUCGGACAAGGGUGGUAAACCUUCACUGAGAAUGGUGGAUUGCAAAUUCGCCUUGCCAGUGGAGGAGCGCAGGGGCGAGGGUAAAAUGGGUAAAGAAGAAGGUAGAUUGACAGGAUGGGCUGGUACCAAACGAAGAUUCGUCUGCUUGGAUCAGAUUGAGUAUCCCGGCGAGCACGACGAUGUGCUUAUCGGAUUCGAUAGCGCUGAAACACGCGAUCGAUUCGCCGAGGCACUUCCGUCUGCUACCACCAAACAGAAGUUCACCAUUCGAAGAAAGAUAUGAUUAUGGCAUUUCUCUUUUUACGUUGCAAUCACGAGUAGAAGGAGACGGAAGAUGGCAGUUCUCCUUCACAGUUCUGUUGUUGAUUUGGUGACUGGCGGUCGGCACAGCAUCCACGAUGAAUCAGUGUGCUUUUUCCUUUUUUCUCUUUUUCAAACUUGGACAGCUAUAUACCCAGUUCUCUCUCUCACUCUCACACUCGUCGCCCACCAUCACAGUCCACACAUGUUGAGGUUAGCAAAGCAAAGGAAAUCUACGUGCUGUCUUUUUAUCUCUUCCCCUCCAUCAUCUUCUUCUCUUUUUGAUUUAUACAUUCUAUCUAGCCCCCAUUUCCGUGUUUUUCCAAUCUUGUCACGUUUACUUAGUGUGAGCUCUAUCCGAGGCAUUUCCGUGCAGCAUCAGGUACUAGUUUUGUUUCUACGCAUAUUGCAUGCCAUACGAAGCUUCCACUCCACACGUCAAUCUCAUGGUCCAACUUCGCAUACGUACGUAAAUGUGUGAGGAAAGAGCCUAGUUACCGAAUCCGAACCUCCCAAAAAAGCCGCGACAAGAUUAGAAUAAGGACAAAUCAACGAGUGACCUGAAAUCAUCUUACGUCUGAAGAGAGCGGGUGGUUGGCGGUUGGCGGUGAUUGUACGCUGAUCCUCGUCAUAUAUCAAUGGGUUUGUGAAAACCACCAAUGUUUCGAUGUUGUCUACAUGGUUACUGAACGCCCACCAUACAUAGAAUCGAGCAAACGUU